AUAAGAUGUUACUGUUAAAAUGUUUUGCAUUUUGUCACACAGUCUGUUUUGUUUGUCUUAAUUAUCUUGUCUUCAGUGUAUUUCAGAUCCCCGAUGCUUCUUGGUAUGUAUUACACAACAUAUAUUUUGUGCAGAAAUCAUAUUUUAUGUACAUUAUGUUGCUAUGAUUGUGUAUGUAUGUGAUUGUGUGUUUGGUGAUGGUCAGAGUGAAUGUCAGUGCAGAAUGGCAGUACCGCUUCUAUCAAACUGAGCCAAGCUGGGCUGUGGCUCCAAACCACCAAGAAUGAGAAAUGAAUAAAAAAGAUAUAUGUUAAGUGUCUUAGAGUGUCGAGAAAAGAACUGUACAAAAAUGAUUUUAUUUUACAUUUUAAACAAUGUUCUCUUGUUUAAAUUUUUUAAGAUCUGCAGUUUUGUUUCUGUUGGAAUCGUCUUUUCUUCAGUGUGUUACAGGUCCCUAAUGCUUUUAAAUGGUAAGUACAUUAUUUAAAAAAUUAACUAUAGGUAAGUGUGAAAAAGGUAUGUAUUGUAUGUGUUCUGGUUCAAGUUCAUAUUGGUGGUUUCUGAAAAUACCGUUUGAAGCAGCAUCAUUAUGCUUUUCUGUGGUGCUUUUUUGAGGUGUCUUGUUUAGCCAUGUUCAGAGCAAUAAAACAUUUUUCUUUUGCAGGUACCUCUCUGUCAUUGGAUUUGUCAUCAACAUUGACACGUUACUGCUGAUGAUUCCUGAACUGCUCCAAGUGCAGCGGUAUGUCCUCACAUACAGGUUCAGCCAAGAUCACUUGGAGCUCCUGUUUAAUUCCAUCAGAGCGUCAGGUGGCUGGAAUAACAACCCAUCAGCAUGCCAGUUCCAGGCCAUCUUCCGCCGGCUGAUGGUUCGGUGUGGGGUUACACCCAGUGAGACUGGCAAUGUGGCAGCACAAGACAACACCGUGUCCCUGUCUGCUGUUGAAAUGUCCUCUCCUGAAUCUAAUGAAGAGCAUCCCUGUCCUUUUGCUAGGAUUUCAGCCAUUCUGGACGACCACAGCUAUCUUCCGACCAAGUUUGGUGGUCUGGUAGAAAAUGCCUUGGUUUACAUAUCUGGAUUUGUUGUGAGGCAGAUUCUGCGUAAACUAACCUGUGACCCAUGUCGAGUCAGUUUGAUUCAAGAUGCCACACCGUCUUCAUUUGAUGAGAACUACCAUCUUCUCACUUUGAAAAAUAAUGGCGGGUUAGUGAUUCCCUCACAAGGCGUAGUGAAGGUGGUGAGAGCUGCAGAGAGGGUGAUUCGUGGUGCUUCACCAAACCAUCCUCCUAAGCUGUCCGCCGUCACAUACAUAGUCCGUGAAGACAUUGGAACAGAAGAUGUUUUCCAGCUUGGGGAACCCACUCAGGAGACACAAUUUGGCAUUGACAAUCACCAUUCUGACUUGCUGUCAUUGGUUGUGUCUGUGUUUCUGAAGAUAAGGAUGCACCACAUUGCAAAAGUCACAUGUCUUGGUUUGCAGAAAGGCAACACCAGAAAAAAGCUCUGCAAAACUGUCCUAUUUCAAGGCUAUUAGAUUGUGUAAAAAUGUAAUGAAUAUGUAAAUAUUGUUGUCACAACAGAUAAGUAUGUGUUUGUGUGUGUAUGUA